AUGUCCAAAAUAGAAUCUAGAAAAGUGCCUAUCCCACCGCACCGGAUGACGCCCUUAAAAAACGUGUGGACCAAAAUAUACCCCCCUUUAGUCGAGCAUUUGAAAUUGCAAGUGCGCAUGAACUUAAAGACAAAGUCGGUCGAGCUACGAAGUACCAAGACCACCGUGGACGGCGGCUUGCAGAAAGGAGCAGAUUUCAUCAAGGCAUUCACAUUGGGGUUCGACGUGGACGACGCUAUUGCCUUGUUGAGACUAGACGACUUGUACAUUGAAACUUUUGAAAUCAAAGACGUCAAGACAUUAACCGGGGACCAUUUGAGCAGAGCUAUAGGCAGAAUCGCGGGAAAAGAUGGAAAGACCAAGUUUGCCAUUGAAAACGCCACGAGAACAAGAAUAGUGUUGGCCGACUCCAAGAUCCACAUAUUGGGCGGGUUCACCCACAUCCGCAUGGCGAGAGAAUCCGUGGUCUCGUUGAUCUUGGGGUCUCCUCCUGGAAAAGUCUACGGCAAUUUGCGAACAGUGGCUAGUAGAUUAAAAGAACGGUAUUGA